AACAAACAAACCCGAAACAACUUGAAAUUAAACCUUUCAUACUUUCUUCUUCGUUCUCUUCAAUUCAAUCACAAUUCUCAUUCUCAUUCUCAUUUUCAUUAAUAAUAAUAAUCAAUGGAUACUCUUUCUCACGUGAUCACCCCUAACAUCACAAUCCUUCAUCAUUCUUCUUCUUCACUUCGUUACUCCAAUAAUUCUCGUCUUUUUCGUUCAUUCAGAGUCACGAACAAUGUUCGUGUUUUUUCUCAGCUUAAGAACCAAAACAACAACACUAUUAACUCUAUUGAUUCAGAUUACGUAAUUGAUUAUAAUGAUCCUGAUUGGAAAUCUAAAUUCAAAGAAGAUUUCGAAGCGCGCUUUCGACUCCCUCAUGUUACUGAUACAUUCCCUGAUGAGGAAUCUAUGCCUUCUACGUUCUGUCUUAAAAUGAGAACUCCUAUGACUAAGGAUUUUCCUGGAAAUUAUCAUUCUGGUGAGGAUUGGCAUGGAUACAUUAAUGAUAAUGAUAGAGUGCUUCUUAAGACAAUAUAUCAUUCAUCACCUACAUCUGCCGGCGCUGAGUGCAUUGAUCCUGGUUGUAAUUGGGUGGAACAAUGGGUUCAUCGAGCUGGACCUCGGAAAAAUAUAUACUUCAAACCAGAAGAAGUAAAGGCAGCCAUUGUUACUUGUGGAGGACUGUGCCCUGGUCUUAACGAUGUCAUUAGACAGAUUGUACUCACACUUGAAAUAUAUGGUGUAACACAAAUUGUUGGAAUUCCUUUUGGCUAUCGCGGCUUUACUGACGCAGAUUUGACAGAAGUACAGCUGUCAAGGAAAGUAGUUCAAAACAUUCAUCUUUCAGGUGGUAGCCUAUUAGGAGUGUCGCGUGGAGGACCUGGAGUUGAUGAAAUUGUCGACAGUUUGGAGGAAAGAGGGAUCAACAUGCUCUUUGUGUUGGGUGGAAAUGGUACACAUGCCGGUGCAAAUGCAAUUCACAAUGAGUGCUGUAAAAGACGACUUAAAGUGUCGGUAAUUGGAGUGCCUAAAACUAUAGACAACGACAUUCUAUUGAUGGACAAAACUUUUGGCUUUGACACGGCUGUUGAAGAAGCACAAAGAGCAAUAAAUUCUGCAUAUAUUGAGGCGCAUAGUGCAUAUCAUGGGAUCGGGAUUGUGAAAUUAAUGGGUCGUAGCAGUGGAUUCAUAGCAAUGCAAUCUUCCUUAGCCAGUGGGCAGAUUGACAUAUGUCUAAUUCCUGAGGUUCCUUUCAAUUUACAUGGACCUCAUGGAGUUUUGAGUCAUCUCAAGUAUCUCAUUGAAUCAAAAGGAUCGGCUGUAGUUUGCGUGGCAGAGGGAGCAGGACAGAAUUUACUUCAAAAAACUAAUGAUACCGAUGCUUCAGGGAAUGUUAAAUUUGGAGACAUUGGCGUUUAUAUCCAGCAAGAGACGAAAAAAUAUUUCAAGGAGAUUGAUGUUCUUGCUGAUGUGAAAUAUAUUGAUCCAACAUACAUGAUCCGGGCGUGUCGAGCAAAUGCUUCAGACGGAAUUUUAUGCACCGUACUUGGACAAAAUGCGGUUCAUGGCGCGUUUGCUGGAUACAGCGGCAUUACAGUAGGCACAUGUAACACACAUUAUGCUUACUUUCCGAUCACCGAAGUAAUAUCGCAUCCUCAGUUGGUGGAUCCAAACAGUCGAAUGUGGCAUCGUUGCUUAACUUCGACAGGCCAACCCGAUUUCAUUUGAUAACAUUCUUAUUUUUAAUUAAUAUAUCAAGAGGCUUGGAAAUUCAGGCUUCCAUAGAUUAUAUCAUAGGAAGAUAGAUUCAAAAGAUAAGUUUUCGUUAAUCAAGCCAUCAUUAUAUAUGGAAUAAUACAGAGGAUAACAUUUCCUCCUUAUUUGGAAAAUUGGUUAUUUUAUUUGUACAGCAAGGCAAAUUCAUAGUCCUGUCAAUUGCAUUGAAAAAAACAAAACUUUAGGAAAUAACCAAGCAUUUUCUGCUUGAUUUUGAUCUAAUGUGACAUUUUUUGUAAUCUAUGAUAAGGGCAAAAUUUAGUGAGAGUACAUAGGAUAUUUAACUGUUGCUUCGUGUUUGUACUCAUGCCUAAGUUAUUGGAUUUUCUGUUCA